CGGGUGCGCGCCGCGCACGGGAACAUUCAGUUCAGCAUUUCUCCAUCUUUCCAAGGACAGACAGCGGACUGCCUCUGUCCACAGAGGGGAAAUGUUACGGCGCUGCCGCUGGGAGUAGAAAUGUAAGAGCUGGAAAGGAGCAACACGGCGGACCGAAGCGGUCAGUGAUGACAACACCAAAGUACAAUCUGAAAACACCCAGAUCAUAACCGUAUCACCAUGGCAACGGGAAGAAAAGGCUCCACGUCCAAAGCAGGCGGGGUUCGUUUCCCUGACGAUGAUGAGCCUCCAGGUUCUCCGACCCGCAGGGACGACCAGUCCAACCUCUCCACCCUCGUUGCUGUCCAAGAGAAAGAUGGAAGCUACUUGGUUAAGGCCGGUUUCCUUAAGAGCCACCACUGCUAUGAGAUUGUCUUCACUGUCCCAGAUGUGCCCAGUCUGGGCAAGGAGCUCACCUGUCUCCCGUCCCUCUCUCCGACUCGGCGGGCCCAGAACCUCCGGAUCCAACGCAUUAACUCCCUGCUGGAAGGAGGAGUGAAGGUGACAUGUGAGUACAGGACUCACCAGGAAGGAGUUGUCCAGGAGGAAAUGACUGUUUCGGCUAAAGGACGAAAAGACAGCAGCUUGAAGAUCAGACUCCAGGCCAAAAUCAUUGACCCUCACCAUGGGACCCCCAUGCUGCUGGAGGGGGUUCGGUGCCUGGGGGCCCAGAGAGACCCGCACGCCAGGCGCAGCAGCGAGCGGAAGAGGAAAUGAUGAAAACAGACUCAAAGCCUCUAAUCUUUAAACAUGUAUUUGAAGAUGUAAUAAUUAUUAUGUUACAGGGUCAAGGCUCACAGUGGGCUGCAGAAACGGUCUCAUGUGUGUCCCUGUUUACAAACCAUCAUGGAUUUGUGAUGCUGUUAAAGUAUUUAUUGAAACAGUGGGAAUGACCCAUCAUGUUGAAUUUUCACUGUAUUUAUGCUGGAUUAUGGCUCUAAAAUACAUAUAAAAUGUUUAAGUAAUGAUUCCUCUGCUGUGAAAAAGAUAAGCUAGUUACACUCUGCACUUUUUUUGGUUUUGUUCAAUAAGCCACGAAGCCUCCAUGCUGGAGAGGCUAUAAAACCAGCAUGAACUGUAGCCAGCGUACAAUCUAUCACCCAAACCUGCACUCACUGCCAGGCGAAAAUCAUCAUCAUCAUCAUCAUCAUCUGCAGCAGUAGCAGCAGACAUCACAGUCAUAAAGACAGCAACGCAUCAGAGGGACCAAAAUUAAAGGAGACCUAAAUGGAUGUUUUUGCACUUCCAUUUGGGUUUCUACUGCUUCUAAAAACAGGCCAAAAAAUACUCAGCAGUUUUUCAGCAAUAUGUUAAUAUUUUUGGUGUCUGGAAAAAGAGCCAUUUCAAAAACCUCCAGAAUGUGGCAUCACAAAUUAAUAGGCACCACCCGUUACCUAGCAACCACAGCAGAGCUCCACCUGUUACCUAGCAACCCCAGGAGAACUCCAGCACAUUUGGUCAGUUGGAUGAGCUGCACAAUGGCUGCUGGAGAAGACAAGUGUUUUGUUGUUGUCUUACCAUUCAAAAGCCACUUGCUGCAUUCUUGUUUGUUGUGCAGGAGGCUCCACUUCUGCUUUUCAAAGAUGUACGGAUGUAUAACUGCACAUCUGUUUGCAGCCAUUUUCACAUGCGAGUGUAAACAUUAAGUUGGUGGGCGUGGCCAGCAGCUUAUUUGGAGUUAAAGUGACAGACGCCCUCAAACAGUUCAAACUAGGCAGAACUGAUCAGACUAAAAUCAAUUUUUUUUGUGCAGAAAAAGUAAUGAACAGGUUUUGUAUUGCUAACAGAUCUAUCCUAACCUGUUCAAGGAAGCACAAUAGGCCACCUUUAAGAAACUGAGUGCAGUUUGGUUUGGAAGUGUAACUCAUUAUCUGAUAUUUCACAGAAAGUUGUUAGAGAUUAAAUAAAAUUUCUGAUGAUUGCACAUUAUAUUUAGCUCACUGCCAAAUAUAUAAAGUUGUACAUUUGACCUUUCUGUUGAAGCAGCCUGGGUCUGCUACAGUAAUAUUCACCUGUCUGUAAUCAAACCUUUCCAGAAAAUCACAGAUUCCUUCAUGCAACACAGAGGCUUACGUCUGUUUGUGUAAAUUUAAGUGUCUUAUUGUAAAGUUGUUUAUUUUUUAAGUAUUCAUCUCAAGAUAUGUCAGUGCAUGGUUGUUACAUUUCCCACUAACUCAAAGAGCAGAGUCAAUUUUAUUUUACUAUUAUCCAGAAUAAAGUCUUUUAAUUUGAAGAACAAAAUAAUUACAUAUGGACUUUAAAAAUAUUAACUUGUAUCUGUUUUAUUAAAACAAUUGGAGCAUUUUUCUGUGAAUAAUCAGAAUCAGAAUUAAAUACAGAGAACGGGUGAUUUUUUAAAUACAUUGGGACAAUCUGAUCACUAUCAUUCAUCCUUUAACAGUGCCAAAGAAUAAACAUUGUUUGCAUGAUAAAAAAAAAAAACAAAGCUAAAUUAUUACUUUAAAUAUUACUUAAUUCAAUAAAAUAGACCUCAGUUGAAACACUAUUGAAGAUUUCCUUCCUUCCUUCUGUUUUCUAAGUAAUGAAAGAUUAUUUUCCAGAUGAAUCAUCCAUUUCCAUUUUGACAGACAGGCUUGAUAUUUUUAACGGAUCCAAUCUGGACGUGGCGCCGGGCCAAACUCAGACCACAUGGUGACAGCGAAUGUUGGAGUCCAGCUCUGAUACCAGACUGAAACUAAAGUCACUUUCAUCAUCAGGGAUCUGAAGACUUCUGCUGUUUUUGUUCUGUUGUUGAUUUUGAUGGUCAGUCUGGAGUUUACUGUUGCUGUUUAAAUUAAAGCUCUCGCUCAAACACCUUUCUGUCUGCUCUGUUUC